AGUUAUGAAGGACAAGAGAGUGUGGUGAUUAACGACUUCUGUCUGCUUCUGCGCGCUGGCUCCAGUUCAGCUCUUCUACUUAAAAACCAUGUAACUGUAAGAAAAUCAGUUCAUCACUCGGAGCAUCAGUUCCUCAUGUGUGAAGUGAAGAUAAGGACUCAAGAAGUCUGAAGAGAACUGGGUAAAUUUUCCUUGGCAUGCGGCAAUUCUUUAACGCUAGGUAAUAUGAAACACGAGGCAUCUUCAAAUCUAUAAAUGUCAGUAAAUGAGGAACUAGUGCUAGAUUAAAAACAGAAAGCAAAAGUUUCCUUGAAUUGACAUCUACACUCAAAAGGAAGUUAAUGCCUAUAAAAGGGAGGCUCUAGGGCUUAGGAUCAGGGUCUGGAGAAGUGGGUGUCUGAGGCGCCAUGUCGGGCCGGGAAGGUGGCAAAAAGAAGCCCCUGAAACAGCCCAAGAAGCAGGCCGAGGAAAUGGACGAGGAAGACACGGCUUUCAAGCAGAAACAAAAAGAGGAGCAGAAGAAAGUGGAGGAGCUAAAAGCCAAGGCCGCGGGGAAGGGACCCCUGGCCACAGGUGGAAUUAAGAAAUUUGGCAAAAAGUCAGCUGUUCCUCAUAUCUGAGAUGAUGGUGACCCUCUUCCAUUCCUAUUUAAACACCUGGAUUCCCUGCCAUAGCAUCUUUGCCAUCUACAGCUAGAAUGAAGUGUUAUCCUGGAAGCCUGUUAAACAUCUGGAUUCCCUACUAUAACAUCAUUGCCACCUAUAGUUAGAAUGAAGUGUUAUCCUGGAGCCUGUUGUACAUUGUAAUAAA